UUGCAAGACUGUCUCCGUGGACAGCUUUGGGGGACCUGCAGGGGGACGUUCCCAAGACACCGCCGCCCACCUCCGGCCGGCACCGGCCCUGGGGUUCCGGCGGCGGCUUUAGUCUCUCCCGGCACUUCCGUCUCCACCCCAACAGACGCCAGGCACUUCCCCUUGCGCAGUCUCUCCCGCAGGCCUAGACAGCAGCAUGGCCGGCGCAGAGUUGCGUGCUCUUCUCGAGCAGCGGCUGGACGCGCUCGGCAUCCCCACAGAGGUUGUGGAGCAUCCGGAGGUGUUUACAGUUGAAGAAAUGAUGCCUCAUAUCCAGCAUUUGAAAGGAGCACAUAGUAAGAACUUAUUUCUUAAAGACAAAAAGAAAAAAGGCUAUUGGCUGGUGACAGUUCUUCAUGACAGACAAAUUAAUUUAAAUGAUCUUGCCAAGCAGUUAGGUGUUGGGAGUGGAAAUCUGCGGUUUGCUGAUGAAACGGCCAUGCUAGAAAAACUGAAAGUUGGUCAAGGCUGUGCCACGCCGUUGGCCCUAUUUUGUGAUGAUGGAGAUGUGAAAUUUGUUCUGGAUUCUGCUUUUUUGGAAGGUGGACAUGAAAAGGUAUACUUCCAUCCAAUGACCAAUGCUGCAACCAUGGGAUUGAGCCCUGAAGACUUUCUUACAUUUGUGAAGAAGACAGGACAUGAUCCCAUAAUACUAAAUUUUGAUAAAAACAAUUAAUUGGGUUAAUGUUUAGAAUACAUUUCUGAAAGCUGUUUUUUUUUUAUUUGUAAUUUGUAAAAAGCAUUAAAAGUGGUAAUA